AAGGCGGAAGGUUUGAAUAGCCAGGACCUGUGACUGUUGAUAUUCUUGCACCGAGGCUAUAACUUCGACCCUCUCCUGAGAAGCGCAAGCCUCGACCCGAACCUAUCCUGUCUAGAAGCAGAAUUGUAGUCUAGUUAAUUGACUCCCGUCCUCAGAUUUCUUUUAAUUUUGAUUAAGUCUUCGCUUGUGACUGAUUUUCCACUUCCGUUUUUCCUGAGGUUUCGGAGGCCAUGUCUGCAGAACUCAUUUCCUCCACCGGAGAGGAGGGACGCCUCAGCUCAGGACCCAGUUUUAGAUCCCGUCAGAGGAGGAUAUUAAACUUGCUUCUGGAGAGAGACACUUCCUUUACCACCUGUCCAGAUCUCCCUAGAACUCCAGUGAACAAACUCUUUGGUGAUUCUGCAAACCUAAGCGUUUUGUCUGGAGGAACCCCAAAAUGUUGCCUUGAUCUUUCGAAUCUUAGCGGUGGUGGAGAGAUGUCUGCCAAUCAACUUAGCACUUCUGCAGACAUUGAUGAAAUUGGUCAUUUGGAUUCUAAAGGACCUCAGGAAAUAUAUUUAACUGGGAUGAAUCCUCAACAGCACCUUAGAAAAUGCAGCCCAGCACAGCUGCAUUGUAGCACUCCAAAUGCUUUGGACCAUGGCAACAGGAAGAAAGAUGCAAUAUGUAGCUCAUCCACAAAUAAAGAAAAUGAGAACAACACUUUGAAGUCCUCGGAGUGGUGGGCACCCAGGAGCCUGAAGUUUCGAAAGAGACCAGGGGGGCCUUACAUGUCUCCCCUUUCUCUACUGGACAAUGGAAACUUUUUGGAAAGUGAAAUGAAAUAUCUGGGCAGCCCCAUUACUACACUUCCAAAAUUGGAUAAAAAUCCAGAACUAGAAGAUCAAGCAGAGGAGAUUUCCAAUGAAUUGAUGGACUUUUCUCUGGAAGAUCAGGAAGAGCCCAAGGCAUCUCUGAAUAGAAGCUCCUUGUAUCGCUCCCCUUCAUUGCCAGAGAAUUUGAACAGGCCAAGACUGAAGCGGGUGGUAAAAUUCAAGGACAACCCAGUACCAGAUAAAGAAAAAAAGGAGUAUUGUUCUAGCCACAAAGAGCUCAGGAAGGGCUUAGGUCUAAAGAAGACAGUCUCUCUCUGUGACAUUAAUAUCACUCAGAUGCUGGAGGAAGAUUCUAACCAGGGCUCUCUGAUUGGUGAUUUCUCCAAGGUAUGUGUGCUGCCAACCGUGUCAGGGAGACACCAGGAUCUGAAGUACGUCAACCCAGAAACAGUGGCUGCCUUACUGUCAGGGAAGUUCCAGAGUCUGAUUGAGAAGUUUUAUAUCAUCGAUUGCCGCUAUCCAUAUGAAUACCUGGGAGGACACAUCCAGGGAGCCUUAAACUUGUACAGUCAGGAAGAACUGUAUGACUUCUUUCUGAAGAAGCCCAUUGUCCCUUUGGACACCCGGAAAAGAAUAAUCAUCAUAUUCCACUGUGAAUUCUCCUCAGAGAGGGGUCCCCGAAUGUGCCGCUCUCUGAGAGAAGAGGACAGGGCUCUGAACCAGUAUCCUGCAUUGUACUACCCAGAACUAUAUAUCCUCAAAGGGGGCUACAAAGACUUCUUUCCAGAAUAUACGGAGCUGUGUGAACCACAGAGCUACUGCCCUAUGCAUCAUCAAGACCAUAAGGCUGAGCUGCUGAGGUGUCAAAGCCAGAGCAAAGCAUGGGAAGGAGAGCGGCAGCUGCAGGAGCAGAUUGCCUUACUGGUGAAGGAUGUGAGCCCAUGAUAGUGGGUCAGUGGUUGGCUGUCUAGGAGUCACCAAAAGACACUGUAGAAAUGCUGACCAGAAAGAGGCCAUGUUGUAUGUGGCUAAACCCAAGAUUGUUAAAAGAUGUCUGCAAACCAACAAGCUGCCAAGCUAAUGAAAUUCCAGGCCUGGGUGUUGGUUUUAGCAGAGCUGCUGGCUGGUGACUGAGUCCUGGAGCCAGCUCUAGAAGGCUGUAGCCUUGAGUUAUAUGGCGAUUUGUUGCUUCAGGAAGUGUUUGCAUUCUCUUCCCAUUUAGACUUGUCUUCCCACAAGCCAGCCAGCGCUUUCCCUGGUCUUCUGCCUGUGCCCAUCUUCUUUCUCUGUACUUGCCUUCUUUGUUUCCUUCUCUCUUUUCCUUAAAUGGGAAAAUAAACACUGCAGAAUGAGAGAUUUGAUUGUGAGCCCAGUCUACUCCUAGAAGAUCUUUGUAAGAAAGAGAUCACCGGGCGCCUGGGUGGCUCAGAUGGUUAAGCGUCUGCCUUCGGCUCAGGUCAUGAUGCCGGAG